AUGGACCGCGAGCGGACCAUCGACCGAGCGAGGACGCCGAGCUGUCAAGCCAAGCGACCUGCGAGCCCCAAGGCGACUCGCGACGGCACAGAGAAGGUCCGGACUCAAAGUCAGAAUUCUGCGUGGCACGAUGUCCUGGACCUGUGCAAGCGAGGUUUCUUGGCCAAGCUCGAGAUCAUGACGGGCGAGCUCAAGCAAGAGGUGAAGAACGAGCUCAGGUCCGCCGUCGCCGCUCUCCGCACGGAGGUGUCCGAAGUCAUCAGGACGCACGAAGCCCCACUCUCCCAUCAGAUGAAGGUGCUCAGCGACCAGCUGUCACGCCUCGCCGCUUUGGCCGCCGUGCCGCCACCACAGCCAGACUUUUCUCCGGUCAUAGAUCAGAUUGAUGUCAGCACGCGAGAGCAGCGCGAGAUGUCCUCCGUGCUGGGGCAUCGGCUGAGCCAGGUCGACCUGAAAAUCAACGCCUCAGGCUCCGAGCUGGCGUCCAUGGUGCAGCAGCUUGACGAUAAAGUUGCACGCCUGGCAGAAAAACAGGACGUUUCGGCGGAGAAGAUGAUUCGACUUUGCGAUUCCUCCGAUGCACUCCUUGGAGCCGCGGGCAGGAUGGCAAGGGAGCUCGACUCGCUGCAUGUGCAGGAGGUUCGCUAUCAGGAGAAGCUGGGCACGCUGCUCGAAGAUAACGUGCUGGAGCAUCUCGCCGAAGUGCGCGAGAGCGUCCUGAAUAUCGACCUCUCCGAGGUGCAAGCGGACAUCUACCGUGGUCGGAAGCAAGCGGAUGCAGAUUUCAGGACCGUGCUGGCAGAGAUUUCGCGUAUCCAGCAAGCAUUGCAGUUAGACUUUGUGCAGGUUCUGGCCGAAAAGGUGAACGACCGGUCGAGAUCUUCUGUGAUCAUGCCCAUGGAAGCGGCUAGCCCCAGCCAAAACGAAGCCCCAGCGGCCCCAGCGCUCAGCUCACUGCAAAGCCUGGCCAAGCAGGCCAAGGUUUCUCGGCGGUUACGAGAGUUUCAGACCCAGACGGAAGCCCCGCCCUGCAUGGCCGUGUGGACUCAGACGGAUCCCGUGGUUUUUGAAGACUCGGAGUCGAAGAAGAAGAAAAAGCCCCCGGUGCCCAAACGGAUGCGCACACAGCUGCCUGCGGUGAUCAAGGGUGCCGACCGCCUUGCACAGAAGGCGAAAGAGGCAUCCAUGAAGCCUCAGUACAGCGUCUUCGACCAGUACUGGGAGACAGGCAUUUGCCAGGGCAUCGCUCGCAGCACGUGGUUUGACAACAUUACACUGUUCAUCGUUUUCCUGAACGCGGUGUGGAUGGCAGUAGACACGGACCUGAACCCGGCCGCAGUGUUGACGGAGGCGUCUGUGGUCUUCCUUGUGGCCGAGAAUCUCUUUACUGCCUUUUUUGUCGGAGAGCUGUCGAUCCGCUUCGGCGCGUUCCGACAGAAGAGAGAUUGUCUACGAGACUUUUGGUUCGUCUUCGAUCUCUGCUUGGUGAUUCUGAUGAUCGCAGAGACGUGGAUUGUGCCACUGAUCAUGGUGGCCUUGGACGCUCGGCUCACUGCGGAGACGGGAACCGUGUCGAUGGUGAAGAUGGUUCGCUUGGUAAAGCUUCUGAAGCUUUCCCGGCUAGCACGGCUUCUCCAAGCGUUCCCGGAGUUGCUGAUUAUCGUGAAGGGCCUGGGCUUCGCGGCUCGAUCCGUCUCUGUCUUCUUUGCUUUCACUGUGAUCAUCGUGUAUGUUUUCGCCGUGGCAUUGCGACAGAUCCUGGAUGGAGAGGAGCUCGGCGCGCUCUACUUCGGAUCUGUCCUCGCAUCGAUGAACACCUUACUGGUGCAGUCACUCUUCCCGGAGAGUUCAGCCUUGUUCGCCGAAAUUUCGGGAACAUCCGCCGUGAUGUGGCCCAUCGUCUUCAUCUUUCUGCUGCUGAUCUCGGUGACAGUGAUGUACAUGUUGGUCGGCGUGCUUGUGGAAGUGGUUGGCGUCGUCUCGAAUGUGGAGAAGGAGAGGGCAGCUGUGGGAUUCGUCGCAGACUCAAUGCGUGCGGAGAUGGACAAGCUAGGAUACCAGCAUGGCAUGCGCAUCUCCAAGUACGAGUUUGAACAGCUCCUCGUGGAGCCACAGAUCGCGCAGGUGGUGGAUGCCGUGGGCGUAGAUGUCGUUAUCCUGUGUGACAUGUUGGAGAUCAUUUAUGAGGACGCUCAGAGGAAGGGUCAGACGGGAAUGCAAUUUGAAGAGAUUGUGGAGUUGGUCCUGAGUAUGCGUGGCUCGAACCCUGCGACGGUCAAGGACGUCAAAGAGGUAGUGAGGAUAAAUAAGAUCCUCCUCUAUGACCUCGAGAGGAAACUUACAGAGCGGCUGCGGAGCGAAGUUGAGGACUUGAAGGCCGAGAUCCAGGACUGGCAGAACGACGUCAACGAGGAAGGUGACCGUCAGCUACAAUCUGCACUGAUCGCUCAGAGUCAGGCUGCAGCCUAG